UGCACGCUCACAUCCAGGGCAGCUGCGGCUGUGCCCAGAGACCCAUCUCCCAAGAGGUGGUCCUUAGUCCGCAGGCAAAGGAUAUAAAAGUUGAGGUCCAGCUGCCUGCCCUGCCACCACAGUCCCUGGGUCCCUUUCCUGGAAAGAAGCAACAGGUGCUUCUGGAGGCUCCAACCCCAAUCUAGGCAAGUAAGAGUCGAACAAAAUUCCCCUUCAUCCUCUGUGGCCAGGAGUGGACAGAACAGAGGCAUCUCUCGAAAGAGCCACACGUUUCUGCCCAAGAUCUUCUUUCGCAAAAUGUCCUCAUCAGGAGCCAAGGACAAGCCUGAGCUGCAGUUCCCCUUCCUGCAGGACGAGGAGACGGUGGCCACACUGCACGAAUGCAAGACGCUCUUCAUCCUGCGCGGCCUGCCAGGCAGCGGCAAGUCCACGCUGGCUCAGCUCAUCGUGGAUCGCUACCGGGACGGCGCCAGGAUGGUGUCCGCUGACCAUUAUAAGAUCACCCCCGGCGUCCGGGGGGACUUCUCUGAGCAGUACAAGCAGCUGGACGAGGACCUGGCGGCCUAUUGCCGCCGGCACCUCCACGUCCUGGUGCUGGAUGACACCAACCACGAGCGCGAGCGUCUGGAGAAGCUCUUUGAAAUCGCCGACCAGUACCAGUACCAGGUGGUGCUGGUGGAGCCCAAGACGGCGUGGCGGCUAGACUGUGCCCAGCUCACGGAAAAGAACCAGUGGCAGCUGUCGGUCGAGGACCUCAAGAAGCUGAAGCCGGGGCUGGAGAAGGACUUCCUGCCGCUCUACUUCGGCUGGUUCCUGACCAAGAAGAGUUCCGAGGCCCUCCGCAAGGCCGGCCAGGCUUUCCUGUCUGAGUUGGGGAACCAUAAGGCCUUCAAGAAGGAGCUUCGACACUUCAUCUCUGGGGAUGAGCCCAGGGAGAAGAUUGAUCUGGUCACUUACUUUGGGAAGAAACCCCCAGGUGUCCUGCAUUGCACGACCAAGUUCUGCGACUAUGGGAAGGCCGCUGGGGCUGAGGAGUAUGCCCAGCAGGACGUGCUGAAGAAGUCUUACAGCAAGGCCUUCACGAUGACUAUCUCGGCCCUCUUUGUGACACCCAAGACCACUGGAGCCCGCGUGGAGCUGAGCGAGCAGCAACUGCUCUUGUGGCCGAGUGACGUGGACAAGCUGACUCCCACCGACAACCUGCCUCGGGGCAGCCGUGCUCACGUCACUCUGGGCUGCGCAGGCGACUCGGAAGCCGUGCAGACAGGCAUCGACCUGCUGGAGAUUGUUCGGCAGGAGAAGGGGGGCAACCGGGGCGAGGAGGUGGGCGAGCUGGCCCGGGGCAAGCUCUACUCCUUAGGCAACGGGCGUUGGAUGCUGACCCUGGCCAAGAAGAUGGAGGUGAGGGCCAUCUUCACGGGCUAUUACGGGAAGGGCAAACUUGUGCCCACCCACGGUGGCCAGAAGGGGCAUGCCAUGGUGUCCUGUGCCAUCCUCUGAGCGGGCACCUCCAGCUCCUCACUCUGUAGGACGGGGUCACACCCUGUUCAAGCUGUUUGCAGAUUCUUUUUUUGUUACUCAGUUAACCUUCCCAUAACGUUAAAAAUAUGAGAAAUAACUGUUCCCUUUUCCCACACGAAUCUUCAGCUAUCCGCACAGUGGGGGGUGGGUUGACGUCCUUCAGGAACCUAGACCCAGGCUGAUGAGGCCAGGCCGAGAUGGGCAGCACUGAGCCCUCUUCAAGUUCCUGGCGUGCUCUCAACCCCUUCCUUGCCCGUCUCCCACUCUGGUCAGAGCUGCAGGGUCCCACAUGGUGAUCUCAUCGCCAUGGAGAACUAGUUCAGUGGAGAGGCUGAGGCGAGUGCCUGGGCUCUGACCCCAUUUCCCAAUCAGCACAGUGCGGGGAAGGCGGGGCUAUCUGCCAGGGUUUCUACAUGACCCCCAGCCCCAUCCCCUCUGGUCCUAAGUGCCUGUUCCUUGCUUCUCAACUGUCAGAAAAACCAGGUUCACUCCCAGGCUCCUUCCUGCGCUGUGGCCGGGGUGAUCAAGGUCAGAGGUAUGACCUGGGGAAGCUCCGUCCUCGCUGUCUGCCCAGCCCAUCUUGUCUCCUGGGUGCCUCUGGAGGCCUUGGGGCCUCCGGUUAAGGGGGUCAGUGGGUAGCAGGAGCAGAUGGAGUGGACUCCAGGUGUUCUGGCCAAGCCUCACCAGGCGCCUCUGGGAAGGGGCAUAACACUGCCACACAUGCUGUGGUCUCCGGGGUGCUGUCCGCCCCCACUACUCUGCUCAGUUAACAGGGCCUUUUUGCUAAUCGGGAUGUCACUCGACAAAUGCUUGGAAGUUACUAUCCUGGCUUUGCCCAACCUCAGCAACAUGUAGGGCUGAUAAUGAAAUAAACCACGUUAAUCCCA